CUCUGCACUUCAUUCAAACCUGGGAUCACAGUCUGGGGGGACAGACAAACACACAGAUCAGAUAGCGGUAUGUACUCAGAGAAUGAGUGCGGAAUUUGUUACCAGAUCUACAACGCAGGUCGGCGGUGCCCCCGGGAGCUCCACUGCAAACACAGCUUCUGCGAGAGCUGCCUGCUGGCUCUGUCCCGGCCCCUGGGAGCCGACGAGGCGCGCCUGGACCGGACCAUCGUCUGCCCGAUGUGCCGGCACCCCACGAUCAUCUCCGGGGAGGGGAAGGUGAGAGCCGAGCUGAGGGCAGAUGAGUCCGUCCUGCUGCGGCUGAUCGUCACUGGACUCGUCUUCCAGGACGAGGACCAGGAGGAGAAGGAGGACCAAGAAAGCUGUGACAACAACGGGGAGCUGCCCGAGAUUCCAGCCGAGCGGAGCGACUUGUCAGCGGGCUCCAGAGGUGGGAGGCUCCGGCGGUCCUGCCGGAAAGUUUGGAAGUUGAUUAGCGGGAAGAAUUCGUCGCGGAGUAGCGGAGAAAACUAUAUGACCAACGCUGACCUGAGGAACUUCGCCAUGAUGUCCUGCUACAUGUUUUAAAGGAAUCAGCGACUCCAGAUACCCUGUAUAAUGUGAUAUUUAUUCAACGGUUGUUCUGCACUACAUGGACAUGAUGAUGACGAUGAUGAUGAAUCUGCGCUGACAGGAGACAUCAACACACAGUCAGCAGUGAUUUAAGUCAGAUCUCCAGCUUUCUGCUUCUUUAAGCGAUGACCAUUACACAGCUGCAGCUGUUGAACCCAAAUGAGACAAAACUUGAGAACUUCCGAAAUUGCCAUAAUGGCACAUUUUAGGGUCCACUGAUGCACUAAUGUAUUUUAUAUUUAUUUUUUUCAUAAUGUAUAUUAUUUCUAGAUAUGUUACAUAUUUAAGGGAAAACAAUACAUUAAAAUUGAAUAAUUGAA